AUGGACGUCCUCAGAAGAUUGAAUGACAUCAGAUGUGAGAAAGACACCCUACUUGCCAGUUUGGAUGUUGAAGCGUUAUACAGCUCCAUCCCACAUAAGCAAGGCUGUGAUGCAGCAAAUGCUUUUUUACUGGAAAGGGGAUCACAAUAUUGUGAACACAAUGAAUUUGUGAUCACUUUGUUGAAUUUCAUUUUGCAUCACAACAUUUUCUUGUUUGACCGUUCCCUCUACCGCCAGCUCAGGGGGGUGGCAAUGGGGAGCCCAUGUGCUCCUACAUUUGCUAACCUCUACCUGGGCUGGUGGGAGAGGGAGGUUGUCUUUAACGAGGAAAUGGAACAAUGGACCUCAUCCAUACUAUUAUGGAUGAGGUUCAUUGAUGAUGUUUUCAUUUUGUGGAGAGGCACGAAGGAGGGGUUUGUGAAUUUUGUUUCAAGACUAAAUAGCAACUCUCUGGGUUUGUUUUUUACAUCAGAGAUUGAUGAAAAACGACUCGCCUUUCUGGAUCUUAUGAUUGAGAUUGACCCUUCGGGUCACAUUGCAACUAAGGUGUUCCGUAAACCGACGGCCACGAAUGCCCUCUUGAGAUGGGAGAGUGGACACCCCCACCCGCUCAAGAAGGGCAUCCCAAAGGGACAAUAUCUCAGGAUGAGACGUAAUUGUUCCCAAUGGUCCGACUUCAAGGCCUCGGCUGAUGACCUUAAAGUACGGUUUACAGAUAAAGGUUAUCCUAAAUUAAUUUUGAAGGAAGCUUAUCAACAUGCAGCAGCAUGUAAUAGAGAAGAACUGUUGCACCCUAGGAACAGAACAUCUGAAGAGGCACAGAUACGAAUUAUCGGUACUUUUGACACAGCAAGCAGGGAGAUACGCAGGCUACUCACUGAAAAUUGGGACAUUCUGAAAACUGACCCGGAUGUUGGUCAUUUGUCAGGUUUAAUAAGGACACAAGAGGCUGAUUAUUUCUUGAAACCACUGCCUGAACACAUUACACUCAAGCACAAUUACUCCACUUCAGAUGGCCACCAGCCUCAUGUCCUAUAUAAGAGAUCAACUGACAAACGAAUGUACAAGGAAAAUAUGGUGUCUCUAGUUGAAAGACAGCAAGAACUGGAAAAUCACAAUGGGAUUUACCAUGUCCAUGCAAAAACUUCUCAUCUAGAUUAUCAGAAUAGAGACCAGAGCCAUGGAAAAAGUAACAAACAGCACUACUGUGGAAGACGCAAGAAAUAUAUGCCUAAGCCUCCAAAAGAAGACAUGUACAUUUUACCUGAUGAAUACAAAUACCCAAGAAGGGUCAAACGGUCAUUGAUAAAGCCACAGAGGAACAAACCAUUAAAUGUGGAAAUUCUCGUUGUCGUUGACAAGAAAAUGAUGGAGAAUCAUGGUCAUGAAAACAUCACCACCUACGUUUUGACAAUACUCAAUAUGGUGUCUGCUUUGUUCAAAGAUGGAACAAUAGGAAGCAACAUUAAUAUUGUCAUUGUUGGUCUUAUCCUGCUGGAGGAUGAACAGCCUGGUCUCAUAAUAAACCAUCAUGCUGACCGUACACUGAGCAGUUUCUGCCAGUGGCAGUCUGGGCUCAUGGGAAAAGAUGGCAGUCGGCAUGAUCAUGCCAUUCUACUUACUGGUUUGGAUAUCUGUUCCUGGAAGAAUGAACCUUGUGACACAUUAGGGUUUGCUCCAAUUAGUGGUAUGUGUAGUAAAUACCGUAGCUGCACUAUUAAUGAGGACACUGGGUUAGGACUCGCAUUUACUAUUGCUCAUGAGUCAGGUCACAACUUUGGAAUGAUCCACGAUGGAGAGGGAAAUAUGUGUAAGAAGUCUGAAGGCAACAUAAUGUCACCGACACUGGCAGGAAAUAAUGGGGUCUUCUCUUGGUCUUCCUGCAGUCGACAGUACUUGUACAAAUUUUUAAGCUCUUCUCAAGCCAUUUGCCUUGCUGAUGUUCCUAAGCCUGGGAAGGAAUAUAAAUAUCCUGAAAAGCUUCCAGGAGAAUUGUAUGAUGCCAACACACAGUGCAAGUGGCAGUUUGGAGAGAAGGCCAAGCUCUGUAUGCUGGACUUUAAAAAGGAUAUCUGUAAAGCACUUUGGUGUCACAGAAUUGGAAGAAAAUGUGAGACAAAAUUUAUGCCAGCAGCAGAAGGCACAACAUGUGGGCAUGAUAUGUGGUGCCGAAGGGGACAGUGUGUGAAACAUGGUGAUGAAGGACCCAAGCCUACAAAUGGUCAAUGGUCUGAGUGGUCAGGUUGGUCACCAUGCUCCAGGACAUGUGGUGGAGGUGUCUCGUAUAAAGAGCGUCAGUGUAAUAACCCACGACCUUUUCAUGGUGGAAAAUUCUGUGAAGGUUCUUCCCGAUCUUUUAAACUUUGUAACACUCAGAAGUGUCCCAAAAAUAGUAUUGACUACAGAGCCCAACAGUGUGCAGAGUAUAAUAGUAAACCUUUCAGGGGUUGGUACUACAACUGGAAGCCCUACACCCGUGUGGAAGAACAAGAUUACUGUAAACUAUAUUGUAUAGCAGAAGGAUUUGAUUUCUUUUUUUCCUUAUCAAACAAAGUAAAAGAUGGAACCCAGUGCUCUGAGCAUAGUAGUAAUGUCUGUAUUGAUGGUGUUUGUGAGACAGUUGGCUGUGACCAGAUCCUUGGAUCUAAUGCUAUGCAUGAUCUAUGUGGUGUAUGCAAAGGAGACAACUCAUCCUGCAAGAUCUACAGAAGCCAAUAUACAAAACAGCACUACUCUAAUCAAUACUAUUCAUUGGUCACUAUUCCUGCUGGGGCUCGUAGCAUUCGUGUUUCUGAAAUGAAUAUUUCUACUUCUUACAUCUCUGUCCGUAACACACAAAGAAAGUACUACCUCAAUGGUUACUGGACCAUUGACUGGCCCGGCCAGUAUAAAUUUGCUGGAGCAAUCUUCGAAUACAAAAGACCUUACAAUAAUCCAGAGACACUGAUUUCUUCUGGUCCAACAAAUGAAACAAUAGUUAUAGAAAUUCUACUGCAAGGUAAAAACCCUGGAAUAAUGUGGGAGUUCUCAGUGCCCAAACAAGAGAAUGAGAAGAGGUUGACACCAAAGCACAACUUUACAUGGGCCAUUAUUCGCUCAGAGUGUUCAGCUUCAUGUGGUGGAGGUUACAUGAACACCAAAGAAGCUUGCUACAAAGAUAUGCGGAUUCAGGUCAAUACUUCAUUAUGUAAUGCAAAGAAUCGACCUAUCACAGGAUGGGUCUCUUGCAACAUACAAGCUUGUACUCCAGGUUGGUCUGUGGGAAAUUGGACAACAUGCAGUCAGACAUGCGGGAGUGGUGAACAGUUCCGACAAAUUCACUGUAAGCAGAAAGCAAACUACAAAAUGGAAAUUGUGGCAAACAAACUGUGUUCCACAGCACCUCCUGCCCACCGGCAAACAUGUAACACACAGAGCUGUCCACCAGCAUGGAGUAUUGGACCUUGGUCAGAGUGCUCCCGAACCUGUGGCAAAGGCUGGAGAAAACGAUCAGUGGUUUGCAAGAGUACUAACCCUUCUCUUCGAGCUCAGAUUCUUCAUGACUCAGCCUGCACCUCUGAGUUCAAGCCCAAAAUGCAAGAGAACUGUCUUGUUAAACGCUGCAAGUCCAAGGAACUGCAAUGGUUGGUGACAAACUGGACAAAGUGCUCAGUUACAUGUGGCAUAGGCUUUCAGAAAAGAACAUUACAAUGUAUAGAAAAGUAUGUCUCAGGAAAAACUAGAGAAAUAUCUGCAAAAAAAUGCUUACACCUGGAGAAACCAAAUGUAGAGAUCGAAAAAGCCUGUCAACAGCCUGAAUGUCCAAGAUACCCACUCCAGCCUGUGAUUAUUCAUUCUCGAGGAGCAUGGUACUCCUCUCCAUGGUCUCAGUGCUCAGUAAGUUGUGGAGGAGGGAUUCAGCAACGUACAGUCCAGUGUCUUGGUCAUGGGCGUCCUUCUUACAGUUGCCUUGCCAGUCAAAAACCUACAGCAUCACAGGCAUGCAACACUGAAUUUUGUCCUCCUGAAAAAAAAGAUGUGUUCUGCAAAGAUUAUUAUAAUUGGUGUCAUUUGGUACCCCAACAUGGAGUAUGUGGUCAUAGAUUCUAUGGCAAGCAAUGUUGCAGAUCUUGCACCACAUCAAAACUAUAAGAUUAAAAAGGCUAUAAGGAAUACUGGACACAACCAAGAUUUGAAGGUUUAUCAAGGGUGCUAACUACAAGUGCUGUCAGUAUUGUGCCUACAUCCACAGACCUCGGACAGAAAAUGUAUAUUUGAUGUGUUUUCUACCAAUAAAGUAUUGGCGUAGGUGCGAAGCAAUAUUUUAAGACAUGCGAUAUUGUACAAAGGUUUCCAAGUCACUUGAUUCUUCAAGAACUGCUAAUUCGUACUGAACAGCACAUGGGAACUUGUCAUUUCAGAGACUUGCGGGAAAAUGAUGCAGAACAAAUUUUAAUUUUCUGAUCUUGCUGCACUUGUCUUGAAUGGAGGUUGUGGCUGAAGAGAGCAGUUUUGUUUUACUAGUCAGUGUUCCCUUCCAAGUUGUCAUUACGGAGCACUUCCGACAGCUGGAUUCAAGUGCUUAAAAGGGAAUGUCAGCACGGCUGGUUUUAUCACCUGCUGUAAAACUCAACCAUAUUAUAAAACUGACUUCAUUCAAUCCACUGUAAAACUGGAUAGCCCUCUGGUGCUAGCAUUGAUUUCUUGACUACACUGGCAAUGUAUAUUAUAUUAUUAAUGUGCUUCUUUUUCUUCAUUUUCUAUAAUGAAAAAGUAAACUCACUUCCUUACAAAUAACAAUAUGUAACUUGUCACUGUAAA